AUGGACAACGCCUGCGACGAGCUUCUGGCUCGUACAAAAGCUUUACUCUCAUCAGGCGAUUACUCGGAUCUGAUCAUCACCUGCGGUUCAGACGUUUACAACGUGCACAAAGCCGUUGUGUGUCCUCAGUCGUCGUUCUUCGAAAGGGCUGUGAGGUUCGCUGUAGGCAAGGAAGCCGCGGAGGGGAAGGUCGACUUGCCCGAGGACGAUCUGCACGUAGUGAAGCUUCUCGUCCAGUACUUCUACGAAUGCGAAUAUAGCCCAGAGCUGAACGAGUUGAUUCGAACUUUUGAGUCUGCCAAGAUGCCUAUCACGAAUCGACAACCUGGCUACCACUACCUAUUUCCUCAUACUUGUGAGCCUGGUUGCCCACCUCCUCAUCAUAGCGUGUGUCAGCACCAUACUUGCGUGGGCGAGACUUGUAAGGAGAAAUGCGUCAACUUCAUUUGCAAGCAAUGCAUCAAGACUCAACUAUCCGAAGGCGACGCAGCCCAACUUCUUCUGCACGCGAUGAUGUAUGAGGUGGCGGACAAGUACGAUAUUCCUGGAUUGUCAGUGCUGGCGAAGGAGAAGUUCGCCCGCUCGUGUGAAGCUUGUUGGGAUACCGAAGGUUUCGUCACGGCCGCUGAGCAUGCCCUCACUACGACGCCCGACAGUGAUACCGGAUUACGAGAGUCACUCUAUCAGACUGUCGUAGGGAACAUCGAGCUGCUCAACAAACCAGCCAUCGCGACGUUGCUCUCUGAGCAUGCCGCCUUCGCACACGGUGUUCUCAGACGCCUAGCGGAGGAGAAAGCAGGCUUGAAGGCGAUGGCCAAGACGGCCUCCUGA